CCCGACCAUGUGAAGACUUGCCGCGAAUUUCAAGUAGUUCAAACUGUUUAGGCGCGCGCGGAAGCGUUAAGCUGGUCUAAGAGACUUUUUAAUAUUAUAUUUAAUACAUUGGUUUCUUUAUUUAUCUAAGAAUUUGGUACAGUAAUGGCUACUCCUCCCAAGAGAUUUUGUUCAAACCCAGACGCUGACCUCAGUUUCGAAAAACGGGCGUUGAAGAUAUCAAUAGAGGGAAACAUUGCGGCAGGAAAGUCAACUUUUGUGCGCUUGUUGGAACGGGCGUCAGAGGAGUGGGAGGUCAUACCAGAGCCCAUCGGGAAGUGGUGCAAUGUACAAACCACAGAGAAUGAGUAUGAGGAGCUCAGCACGUCCCAGAAGAGCGGAGGCAAUCUUCUGCAGAUGUUAUAUGACAAGCCCAGUCGCUGGUCUUACACUUUCCAGACCUACGCCUGCCUGAGCCGCGUCCGUUCGCAGCUUCAGCCUCCUUCUGCCAAACUUCAGCAGGCAGAGCAACCAGUCCAGUUCUUCGAGCGCUCUGUCUACAGUGAUCGAUAUGUGUUUGCCUCCAACCUCUUUGAGUCUGGAGAUCUGAAUGAGACUGAGUGGGCUAUCUAUCAAGACUGGCAUUCGUGGCUCCUCACCCAGUUUGAGACCCAGAUCGAGCUUGAUGCCAUGAUCUAUCUUCGUGCUGAUCCUGAGAGGUGUAUGCAGCGUCUUCAGUUCAGAGGACGAGAGGAAGAACAAGGGAUUCCACUGGACUACCUGGAGAAGCUGCAUUAUAAGCAUGAGUGUUGGCUGUACAACCGAACCACAAAGUUGGAUUUUGAGUGUCUUAAAGACCUUCCAAUACUAAUCCUGAAUGUUAAUGAGGAUUUUAAAAACGACAGAAUCAAGCAAGAAGGUAUCCUUGAUAAGGUAAAGGAGUUUUUGAGAACCCUGUAGCUUAAAAAUGGACAUUGAUUUUUGUCAAUCGUGUAAACUGGUGAUUUAUCACAAGUAUUCUGGAUUCAUGCCUGUGGUCACAUGAAUGAAUUUGUGGUUUUAUGUUAUUUUUUUAGCUGAUUUUAUAUUAUGCUUGUACAUAUGUAUUUGGUUGUAUAUUAAAACAUUUUUACAAAACAUAUUGUUUUAAACUGAUGUGAUGGACAAACAACUUACACAACCAGUCAAAAGUUUUUGAAUAGUAAGAUUUUUAAUGUUUUUUAAAGACUUUUCUUCUACUCACAAGCCUGCAUUUAUUUGAUCUAAAAUACAGCAAAAGCCGUAAUAUUGUGAAAUAUUUCACAAUUUAAAAUAACUACUUUCUAUUUGAAUAUAUUUAAAAAUGUAAUUAAUUCCUGUGAUCAAAGCUACAUUUUUAGCAUCAUUACUCCAGUCUUAAGUGUCACAUGAUCCUUCAGAAAUCAUUCUAAUAUGAUAAUUUGCUGUUCGAAAAACAUUUGUUAUUAUUAUUGUGCAUUUUUUUCAGGAUUCUUUGAUGAAUCCAAAGAUCAGCAUUUAUCUGAAAUAAAAAGCUUUUGUAACAUUUUACACUAUACCAUUCAAUAGCUUUGAGUCAGUUUUUUUUUUCUUUUUGGGUAAGAAAUAUUAGAAAUAAAUACUUUUAUUUUGGAAGGAUUAAAUUAAAUUGUUCAAAAGUGAUUAUAAAGACAUUUAUAAUAUUAUGAAAGAUUGCUAUUUUUAUAAUUCUCUAUUCAUCAAGGAAACCUGAAAAAAAUCUACUCAACUCUUUUCAUAAUAAUAAUAAUAAAUGUUUUUUGAGCAGUAAAUCAAAAUAUUAGUGAUUUCUGAAGGAUCAUGUGACUGGAGUAAUGAUGCUAAAAAUUCAGCUUUGAAAUCACAGGAAUAAAUUCCAUUUUAAAAUCUGUUAAACAGUAAAAAUAUUUCACAGUAUUACUGCUUUAGCUGCAUUUUGAAUCAAAUAAAUGCAGGCUUGGUGAGCAGAAGAGACUUCUUUAAAAAACAUUAAACAUCUUACUGUUCAGAAACUUUUGACUGGUAGUGUAUACAGUAUCAUACAGGAGAUUAAUAUUUAUGUGCAGUUUGUGUUUAGAUCUGAAGACUAUUCCAUAAGUGAAAAGUUGACAGUUAAUAUUACAGGAUUCUCACAUCCAUGGAAAAGCUGGAAAUGUCAGCGUUCACUAAAACAGAUAUGGAAAUGAAUAAAAUCCUUAAAACCUAAACAUU